CACCCAGCAUUUGAAACGGUAUCAUGGCGGCCGCAGCAGUGGUUGAGUUCCAGAGAGCCCAGUCUCUCAUUAGCACGGACCGGAACGCUUCUAUUGAUAUACUCCAUUCAAUAGUGAGAAGAGAUGUUCAAGAGGAUGAUGAAGAGGCAGUCAGGGUCAAAGAGCAGAGUAUCCUGGAGCUUGGGACACUCCUUGCCAAAACAGGACAGGCUGCAGAGCUUGGAGGGUUGCUGAAAUUUGUGAGGCCUUUCCUGAUUUCCAUCAGCAAGGCCAAGGCAGCCAAACUGGUGCGCUCUCUGUUGGACCUGUUUCUGGACAUGGAGGCAGCAACUGGACAGGAGGUUGAACUUUGCUUGGAAUGCAUUGAAUGGGCAAAGGCUGAGAAAAGGACCUUUUUACGGCAAGCACUUGAGGCACGACUGAUAUCGCUCUAUUUUGAUACCCAGCGAUACCAGGAGGCCUUGGCACUUGGCUCUCAGCUACUUUUGGAACUAAAGAAGAUGGAUGACAAGGCUCUGCUGGUAGAGGUUCAGUUGUUGGAAAGUAAGACGUAUCACGCUCUCAGUAACCUGCCCAAAGCCAGAGCGGCCCUCACCUCAGCAAGGACCACCGCCAACGCCAUUUAUUGUCCACCUAAACUCCAGGCUGCACUGGAUAUGCAGUCGGGAAUUAUCCACGCAGCCGAGGAGAAGGACUGGAAGACGGCUUAUUCCUACUUUUUUGAGGCUUUCGAGGGAUAUGACUCAAUCGACAGCCCCAGAGCCAUCACAGCCCUCAAAUACAUGCUCCUCUGCAAGAUUGUUCUCAACCUACCUGAGGAGGUUCAGUCGCUGAUCAGUGGUAAACUGGCGCUGCGAUACACCGGGCGUCAGACAGAUGCACUGAAGUGUGUGGCGCUAGCCAGCAAGAACAGGUCCUUGGCAGACUUUGAAAAGGCACUGAGAGAGUACACAGCUGAACUAAGGGAUGACCCCAUCAUCAACACUCACCUGGCAAAGCUCUAUGACAACCUGCUAGAACAGAACCUGAUCAGAGUCAUUGAACCCUUCUCCCGAGUACAGAUAAAUCACAUAUCAAGUCAAAUCAAACUGUCAAAGGGCGAAGUUGAGAGGAAACUGUCACAGAUGAUUCUUGACAAAAAGUUUCACGGCAUUCUGGACCAGGGUGAGGGCGUCCUUAUCAUUUUUGAGGAACCCCCGGUGGACAAAACAUAUGAAGCGGCUUUGGAAACCAUUCAGAAUAUGAGCAAAGUUGUGGACUCUCUUUACAACAAAGCCAAGAAGCUGACAUAGAGCAGACGUCCAAGCGAUAAAGGAACUGUGUGUGUGUGUUUGACCAGCGUGUGUUCUAUUUUACGAAGAGGGACAAAGGAGAGCAAAAAAUGAAGUCCCACCAAACUGCAGCCAACAACCCCCACCCCGGCCGCCCCUUCCCCUCUGGAUGGACAGUUUGAUAAACCCUCGGUUUAUUUUUUCUCUUCAGGAUGAUGUAUUUACACUCAGCGGCCAACUCCGGCCAUCAGGGAAUAUUGUACAACUACAAUAAAAUAUGGAAACAGAUUA